AUGCCACACCGUGAGAGAUGGGGAGGGAGAGUCCUGGGGGCUUGCCCCCUCCGCUUCAAUGUUUCAAUGGUCUCCAUUUGGGUGGGUGACAUCGUCAGGUUAGUUGGCCCCGAGUUCCGCAGCCAGACCCUGGGCACAGGGCCAAGUCCAGUGAGGGACGGAAGUUAUGAGACCGCCAUUCAGGAAGCUGGUGGGCUGUCUGUGGAGUCCCUGAGCUCUGUGAAGCAUCAUCCUGUGACGGGAGCGGCACUGAGUCGCUCCAAACGCUACGCCAUCAACCCACUGGGCCACAAGUGGAAGCAUUUCAACCUCACCUACAAGAUCGUGAAGUUUCCCAACACGCUGAAUAAAGACGACACCCGCAAGGCCAUCAGCAUUGCGUUCUCCAAGUGGAGCGACGUGUCCCCUCUCUUCUUCGCCGAAAUCACAAACCCCAACAAGAGUGCUGACAUUGUCAUCGGCUUCUACACGUGGAACCACACAGAUUGCUGGUGGUCUCCAUUGCAUCCCUGUUUUGAUGGGCUAAACGGGGAGUUGGCCCAUGCCUUCCUGCCCCCACGUGGGGAGAUACACUUUGACUCCGAGCAUUUCUGGAUCCUGGGGAAGUCCCUCUUCAGCUGGAAACAAGGUGUGUGGUUGAAUGACCUGGUGGAGGUGUACUGUGGCACUCCCGUGACCCCCAGGCCCCUGAUGCACUCCAAUGCCACCUACACGGGCCAGAGGGACAUUACCCAGGACGACAUCUGGGGAAUCCAGCGCCUCUAUGGAUGCAUGGACAAGAAGCGCGUGUGUGAUCCAUGGGCUCGCCUUGGCUUCUGCGAGAGGAGGAAGAGCUUCAUGAAGAAACACUGUGCCCGCCGCUGUGACCUCUGCUAUGAGCCUCUUGAGGAUGUUCCCACGCUAAGUCCACCGCCUGCCAACGUCAAGAUCAAGAUGGUUCCUCGUGGAAAGGUUGUGGGCUUCCGCUGUGGGACGAAGAAUCCUAGAUCGCCUCCCAAAGUCAGCUGGUACAAGGAUGGAGAGCAGCUCCUGCUCUCUAUCCCCGGCUACAUCAUCAUGAAGGACCGCGACCUCCGCAUCGUCGCCAACGAGUUUAACGAGGGCACUUAUACCUGUCGCAUCCAUCGUAGCGGCAACGUGGUCUCUGCAAACUCCUGGGCUAUCCGCCUGAAGCCUGAACAGCCCUCCAACAGCUGA